UUUUUAAUGUAAUAUAAAAUUUGUAAUAUACAUAAAUACUUUUAUAUUUAUUCUAUUUAAAUAUAAAAAGAUAACAUAACAUGGAGAUAACCAAACCUGAAUUACAAAAUUUUAAAAUUAAUCCUGAAGAUGUUUGGAAAGAAUUUAAUUGUCCAAAAUAUGUUACCCAUCUUUGUUUUAAAACUACAAAAUUACCAAAAGAAAUAUUUGAUUUUGAUAGAAAAUUAAAAUUAGACACACAUCGUAUUCUUCAAAAAUUAGAUGAACUUAUAUCUGAUCCUGUAACAAGUGAUAGUGUACUUCGUAUAUGUAGACUUUUAUUUGAUUUUCUUAAUGAAGUAGGAGAUGAUGGUUAUAAAAUUAAAGAUUUGCCAUUGAUAAUAAAAGUAUUAAAAUUUUUGGCUGAAAAUGUUAAAACAGUUAAAGAAUAUAAGAUACAUCUUAAUAGAAUGUUGGAACUUUGUAAUAUUCCACCCUUAUUAGAAAAAUUAUCUGAUAAUUUAAUUCUUGAGGACAUAAUGAAACACUAUUUUACAUUAUUAGGACAUCUUCUUAUAAUCUUGCCAACUGAACAGCAAAUAUUAAAAAUUCAUAGAAUUCUUCAUUCUUUGCUAUUAAAAACAAAAAUAAAAAAUAUUGCUGCAAUAAAAUUGGAAUAUUGUCGUAAAGCAGUGGAAAAAUCUGAAUUGCCAAUAAUUAUAGCUGAAUUAUUACGUACUUCUGAGUUAAAGAUGUAUGAAAAAGUUUUACAACUAGUUUUUUUAUUAUCAUCCAUCUCUUAUGAAUGUUGCUAUAAAAUGAUAGAAGCUAAUAUACUCACUACUCUACUUAUAAGAAUGGAUCUUACUUUUGCAACUCAAGUACAUUGUAAGCGUCCACCUGAUAUGUUAUUAAUUGGAAAUGAAUAUAGUGAUGAAACAAUUGUUUUGAUAAUAAACAUAUUAUGGACUUUGAUGAAAUCUUUUGCUUUUUCUAAUGAAAAAUCAAUUAAUUUAAAAAACAAUUUAAUACCAACUCAUUGUGCUUUAUGGUAAUAUUUUCAAAUACAUUAAUUUAUGCAUAUUAUAUUAUAUUAUAAAAUUUAUAUUAUAUAGGGGUCUAUGUUAUACAUUUAAACGACAAAUAUAUUAUAGUAAUUAUAGAUAUUUUAAUAUAAAAAUUAGAAAUGA